AUGAGGGCCUGUUCCUCUACAUCAGGCCAGACCCAGAGCGAGGCCUUCGGAAGUGAUGCCCUGGAGAGCACGGGGCCAGCACCGCCUGGACGGUACCCAGCAGCCUUCCCAGCCCAGCUCUACCAGCUUCCCUGGCCACAUGGCACCUACAUAGCCUAUGACACAGGUUCCAGUGCUGUGACUAUAAAUGCUCUUAGCCUGUCACCCACGGGACACAACGUGAGGAGAAAAAGAAAGUCUUCGAGGAGAGGAGAUGAAGUCCCUGGGGCUGCCUCGAGGCCGCUGGGGCUCUGGGUGGCCAACACCCCGAGGGGCAUGCACAGCGUCCCUCUGACCUUGGAGCAGGCGGGCAAAGUCGGCGUACAGCAGCAGGGUGGGGAGGGCUGGGCAGUGUCCUGGAGGACUUCCCCCUCAUGAUCUCACGAUGGCCGGGUGUGACAAUGGGAAGCUCUGGCAGAAUCUCAGCCACCACCAGGGGCAACCAUACUCACCAGGAAGGACCACCCGGCCAAGAACCUGGCACGCACGAGGAGGAUGCAUGGUACGACCCUCUACGAAUUCACGCCCCUGACAUUUGUCUUGCCAAUGACACAGGUGCUAGGUGCCCAGCCCAGCCAGUGGAUCUGCAAGUGGGCAGGACCGUCCCGCCCGGGGAGGGGUAUCAUAAUACUCAGUGACAUUGGGGAUCUCAUCUUCAAUGCCACCCGUGUGGUGCAGAAGCACAUCUGCAACCCCUUUCUAGUGGGGGGACACUAAUGCCACCUCCGCAUCUACGUCUGUGCCACCGGCUUCAGGCCUUUGACCAUUAGCAUGUAUUGGGAGGGGCUGGUGUGAUUUGCUGCUGGAAAGUUCGGCCUCAGUAAUCUGCAAGACUAUCACUCCCAUUUGACCAACAGCAGUAUCAGCAAGACUGGGGCGUCCUCUGAGAAGAUCAAAGAGGCGGUAGGUCAAGGCUACAAGUGGACCCUCGGUAGGCUCUUCUCCUACCUGCAGAAUGGGGAUGUGGACCAUCUGCUGCUGUGGCAGAAGAUCAACUGCACGGUCACCCUCACGGCCCUCGGCGCUCCGUCAGUCCCCUUUGCCACCGACUGCUUCUAGCUCUUUGGGUUUGACACACUCAUUGACAACUUGAAGCCAUGGCUCUUAGAAGUCAACUACAGCCCUGCCCUGUCUCAGAGGAGUCUCAUCCAUGAUGUUACUGAACUCAUUUUCUUAACUGGCUUAAAAAAUGAAGAGAAGGCCGGACACGGGCUAGGCAGCAGAUGCCCGGAAGGCAACUUUGUCCCUAUCAAUGAGGCAACUUUUGGGGCUUCCAGAAAUGGAUGAAAUGUCAAAAGAAUAAUCCAUGAGCUCCAGAAACUAGUGAAUAAACUGCUCUCAAGUAGUGAAAAGUAA